AUGAAAUUAUUCACAGGCUUGAGGUUUGAGGCUCCAGGCAUGAAGUUUACUGAGAGGACGAGGACACUGCUGGCAGGGCUGGUGCACUCAACACACUUUGAAGACUUCCUGGCAUGCAAAUGGUAUUGAGAGAAAUGCUUUGGUUUAGAGAGCUGUGAGGUUCUUAUCCCUGUAGCGAAGAUGAUUAUCGACAAGUCUAGUGAAGCCGGCACAAAGAGUGUAAUCAUGGGCAUGCCCCACAGGGGUCGAAUGAAAGUCCUGACCAAUGUUGUUUGGAAAGAUCUCGAUCAGAUUUUCUGCCAGUUUGAUCCUAAGCUUGAGGCUGCAGACAAGGGCUCUGGAAAUGUGAAGCAUCACCUGGGUAUGUACCAUGAGUGGCUCAACAGGAAGAUGGAUAAGAACAUGGCUAACCCCUCUUACCUGGAGGCAGUGUACCUGGCGGUACAGGGCAAAAGUAAAGCAAAACAGUUCUACAGAGGAGACCUCACAGGAAAUAAGACACACAAUCUUUUUGGUGAUGUUGAUGCAGUGUUUGCUGGUCAGGGAAUUGUGUAUGAAACAGUCCACCUCAGUGAGCUCCCCUUGUACACCUCAACACUUUUAGUGAAUGCUAUUUUGAGAAAUGUGAUUGGCUUCACCACUGAUCUGCAUGCUCAUCGCUCUCCCUACCCCACAUUCGUGGCUCCAGUGGUCAAUGCGCCCAUCUUCCACGGUAUUGCGGAUGACCCUGAAGCUGUGAUGCAUGUCUGCAGAGUGGUUGCUGAAUUGAGGAACACAUUUAACAAGGAUGUGGCCAUAAACCAGAUGAGCACAGUCAAGUCACAAUUUCAAAUGUCUUCCAGUGCCAUAAAGGUUGAGGUGAUGUCAAAGAAGGGGGAGAAUCAUACAGAGAUGGACAAGGAUGAGAAAGGGUGCGAGGACAUGCACUCCGACAGCAGGUCUGCAGAAGAGGAGCAGUGUGAGAGGCCCUGGGUGGAGGGAGAAGAGUCAGAAAGGAGGUGUUUAAUGCUUCCAGGUGGAGUAGACUCUCAGAGAAGCCUCACAGGAGAGGAGGAGCACUACAGUGGGAGCUUUUGGACUGGAGAACACGGAGAAGAACCUGCGGAGCAGAGAGCGGCAUCGGCGGGACGUGCGGUGGACAGAGCGCACGGACGUCCAGCCCGGGAUAGCUCCUUGGGGGACAGCGGUGAUCUCGUGCAAUGGUGUGUGGGUGAGGAGGUGGCAUGUGCCUUUGAGGCAUGCAUAGAGGAGGUCGGGCACCUGCAGCGGCAGCAGGAGGAGCUUGUGCAGGAGCUGCUGGCAGAGGAGGAGGUCCUGCCACAGGCAGGCGGAGCCCUGCGUCCACUGCUGGAGCGAGCGCAUGGCGACCUGGCCCACACCCACCUGCACAAGCACCGGCUGCAGGAGGAAGUGGUGCAAGUCAAGAAACAACUGUUUGCCACCAUCAGGGAGUGCGUGCAGAACCAGCAGCGCAGCAGUACGAGGUGGCCCAGCUCGCUCUAG